CGGGCGGGCGGGAGUUCCAGGCUCCGUGAGUGACAGACAGAGAUGUCGGGCUCGUAGUGGUGAUCCGCUAAAUGACGUAACAGGAUGCUUGGGAUAUACUCUUACCUGGCAUCACAUAUACUUAUGCUGCCCAUGGUUGUUACCCAAGAUCACUGCGAGUUAGAGGAACUGAAAAAAUGAAAAGUGGCAUCAGAGGGGGCAAUGUGAAGCAAAUUUUGGCACAGAAGGAAUGUCGAUUGAUCAUUACCCUUGUUUGUAUGAUUUAACCCUAAUGUGCCCUGUUACGGCCCACAUAUUGGAUAAUCCAGAAGAAUCGCCUGAAUGAAAUAACAUUUGAAAAAUGUGCAGGGACCAUUAUCGGGAGCGUGUGUGUGCAGGAAAAGAGGGCAGCCGCAGAGAUCGGAACAUUGGAAGACAGUGCACAUCACAGUCAUCAUCCCUCUCUGCUUCCAGCUUGUGUGGUGUAAAGAAGGCUCUAAAACUACUGUGAAUGUAUCUAACCCUGUUUUAAAGCUAUUCAUUGUUCCUGCUGUGACCAGUUCCUGAGGUAGACCGUUCCAUAAAUUCACAGUCCUCAAGGUCCGAGUAGGCAACACUGGUUUGAAGUCAGCAUUUAACCUUACAAAAAUUACUGUAGGUUACAAGAAAAAUAAAGCAUGGGGAACAGUAAAAGUGGAGCCCUAUCGAAAGAAAUUCUUGAUGAUUUAAAGUUAAAUACAAAGUAUUCAGAGGAAGAGCUUUGCAAAUGGUAUGAAAGCUUUCAAAAGCAAUGUCCGGAUGGCAAGAUUACUCGCCCUGACUUUGAAAAAAUCUACGCAAAUUUUUUUCCAAACUCUGAUCCCAAAACAUAUGCAAGGCAUGUUUUCCGCAGUUUUGACACAAAUGAUGAUGGCACAUUGGACUUUCGGGAAUACAUCAUCGCUCUUCACCUCACCUCUUCUGGAAAAACCAGCCUCAAGUUGGAAUGGGCAUUUUCUUUGUUUGAUGUUGACAGGAAUGGUGAAAUCAGCAAAGUUGAAGUACUUGAAAUUAUUACAGCAAUAUUCAGGAUGAUUCCUCCCCAAGAACAGAAGAAUCUACCUGAGGAUGAAAAUACACCGCAAAAAAGAGCAGAUAAAUUGUGGGCAUAUUUUAAAAAGAAAGAACAUGAUAAAAUUGCAGAAGGGGAAUUCAUUCAAGGUGUUAUGGUGAAUGAUGACAUAAUGCGGCUUAUCCAGUAUGACCCAAAAGUCUCAAGCCAUCCCUGAACAAAUGAAGCAAGGCAUUAAAAGAAUUAUAUAAGGUUUUUGUGUGUGUAAGUUAUCAGGUUAACGGGGUUGUCCCAUAAAUUAAAGGAGUACUCUGGGAUGGGAAAAUUGCAUACUGCCGGCAGUAAAAAAAAAAAUAAAGAGGAACAUACCUUCCGUCGCUCUCCCCGAAUCUCCGGUAACCCGCUCCGGCCUCUGCCGCGAUCAUCUUCCUGGUUGCCGAUGGUCGGCGAGUCAUACUGCACUCAGCCAAUGACUCGCUGACCACCGGCAACCAGGAAGAGGAUCGCGGCGGAGGCCAGAGCUGGUUACCGGAGACACCGGGAGAGCAACGGAAGGUAUGUUCCUCUUUAUUUGUUUUUACUGCUGGCAGUAUGACGCAGAGUACUCCUUUAAGCAUCAUAUUCAUGGCAUAAGUCUUAAAAAAAUCAACAGUUCUUUCCAUUUGCAUGCUGUUAAAAAUGAUACAUUAAAGAGGUAUAACAUUUCUUAAAUGUUUCUUUGAUAACAUGAAAAAUAAGAGGCAUUUUUCAUUAGUGUUACUUAGUUUCAAAAUGUGGUACACCUAAUGUUCAAGGUGAUAUUUUGCUCUGUGAAGAAUAACCAAUAAAUAUCAUUUUUUCCCUUUCUUCCAUGCUUGGUUUCUAAGAACCCUUGCACACUGAGGAAAUUUGGAGCAAAAUCCGCUUGCAGCAGCCUCCCAUAAUUUUAAAGGGAUUCUGCUGUAUUCAUACACUGAAUGUAUGCUUUAUUCAUACACUGUAUCGGAGCCUCAACGAGGGAUUUUAUUCUGCCGAAAGAUAGAACAUGUUCAUUUCAUCGGCAAAAUCUGCCUGUAAAAGCAUAUAAGUCAACAGGACUUACUUUUUCAGGGGUAAUGACAAUUAAAAAUGCCAUGCAAUUCCAGGAAGCAUGGAACCGCUGAGGAAUAUUAGUAAGAGAAUUCCUCGCUGUAUUUCCCCAGUGUGAAAGGUCCCUUAGUGAGUGCAAACUGUGGUUGUCACCCAAUGUAUACCUUCAAUACUCUGGAUCUCGCAAUACGUAUCUGAAGAGAAAGUUAGAAUAAACUAUAUUAUCAGCUGCCAGAGGGUGAAGGAGACAGAUUUUGCCCAAAACCCACCCUCAGUAAUACUGCAGCAGCAUGAAUGAGGCCAUAUAUGAAAAAGUUGUGAACAAAGAGGAUAUGGAAAAUGGCACUCACCAUUCAGGAAGAUACUUUAUUGACUACAUGCGGGCAUCACAAGUACACGCAGGUCUGAUGAUCCGCCUGUACAUGUGAUGCUUGCAUGUAUUAGUAAAGCAUGUUCCUGAAUGGUGAGUGCCAUCUUCCAUGUCUUCUUUGUUCUCCACUUGCUACUCUUUCUCAGAGCUGAGCAUCACUGCAACCAGUUACCUACAGGUCAGUCCGGACUGUCUCUAGUGACGACUGAAUAGUUAGUGAUGCUAGUGCCAGACACGCUUCUCUAUCGGAUAUAUAUUAAAGAGUAUACUGUACUGUAUUAUUAAUAUUAUAAAGCAGCUUAUUAACAGCAUUUCUGGACUUUUGGUAUGAAAAUGACUUUGUGGAAUAAUUUUAUAUUUACAGACCCUAAAUCUCUGUUUAGUUAAUAAAUUAACUUUGAAAAACAAUCACUUACAUUUCUGUUCUACCAAUUUGAUAAUAACAAAGAUGUUGUUUAGUUUUAGUCACAAAGUAGUAUUCUCCAAGUUUGUUGUAACACAACUAUCAGAAUUGUUAAAGUAAUGGUGUCAAUGUUCAAGUACUCUCAGUGGAUGUGGCCUUUAUCUGCAUAAUAAUAAAGUGAAAUGUGAAUUAUCUUUUUAUCUGGCUCAUUAAAAAA